AUGUGCUUCCAGCUGGUUGAGCUGUACGCGGCAUGCCGCUGCCCGUACUACACGCAUGCCGUCGAUCGAUGCAGCCUCUACCCGAACCACAACAUAACGCAGAGGAUCAUCCUGGUCGGCUAUGCCUGCACGGCCCACGGACAGAGUCGAGGCUCCCGUCAAGACCGUGCCUACUAUGAUCAACAGAACUACUCGGAUUCGGGAUACGCGAGCGGACACUCUCACAAGAGCAGCCACCGU